UCUCUGCCCUCCAUAUUCUUUAGUCAGUAGAAAAAAAAAACAAUACUUUGUAAUAAUGAAAAAAGAUUAUUAUUAAAAUUUAAAAUAAUUAAUUUUAGUUGUAAUGAAAACUAUAAUUAGUAAUUAAUUGUAGAAAAUUAAUUACAAUAUCAAUUGUUGAAGAAAUAUAUCAAAAUACUUGAAGAAAUAGGUUAGGGUCAUUUAGUAAAACGUCAGAAAAUUACGUUUUGGAUUAAAAAUAAAUUUCUAGAGUUUGAUUAAUUAAAAAAAAUGUAUAAGCUUGACUCUGGUAAGAUAAAUGAUGGUCAAGUUAUGUUAGAUCCAAGUUUAAAGCCACAUGAUGAAAUUACUGUUGAUGAAUAUCUUCUGGAAAAACAAAAAAUUCUCCUGGAAAAUUCUUCAAUUUCUGAAAGUAAAAAUGAAGUUUGGAGUGAUAAUUAUAUUUCAAUAAUAAAAGAGGAAGGGAUCAAUCUAUUGAAGUAUUAUGUCAAAGUAAACAACUCGCCAAUGCAAUUAGUUUUAAAUUUAACAAACAGUUUAAUUUUCAUCAACAAUAGAAUUCUACUUGAACAAAAUAAUGACAAUUUUUCGACUAAUGAUCCAAAGUCAUUUACUGGUAAUUUAGUUUCGGAUCAAAUUAAACUUGAAAAAGAAUCACAUGAAAAUGGACAGAUGGCAAGUGAAGUAAUUUGCAAAGAAUCAUGUGAGAAUUUGAUCAUUAAGACCGAAGAUGAUGUUUUUGCUCACGAAAAUUUGAAUAUUAAGGAUGAUUUAAAUGAAGGUAACGGUCGGGAAAAAGAAUUAGAAAUAAAUGAUGAAAAUUCAAAGCAUCUUGAAGAUAUUGAGAUUUUAAAUAAAUCUAUUUCUUCAAUGGACUUAAACUCAUCGGAUUUAUUCGAAAUUUCAAAAGAUUCGCCGUUUAAUGAACCUAUGAGUGUCGUAGACUUUGAUUUAGAUUCAAAUAAUAAAGAAACGUCACAUUUAAAUUUGAAAAACAUUACGAUUCCUCUUACCAAAGUUCCUGUGUCAAGUCUAGUUGUACCGAGCAGUCAAACUUCACUUGAAGUAACUGAUGACUCUAAUGACCAGAGUAGUUUAGUUAAAACAAAUCAAAAUUUAUUGGAUGGUAAUCAUUUCAAGGAGUCAGCGAAAAAAGUUGAUCAUCAAUCGACUAAUUUAGUGGAAUUACUGAAGAAUGCGCAUAAAUUAUCAUUGAAAAAUAUUAAUCGAGAUUCAGCUACGAAAAAUAUAAAGCGCAAAGCUUAUGAUGAUAACUGUGAGAUUUCUAUAAGAAAUAAGAGUAGGAAGCGGCUUAAAGCUGAAGAAAGUGAAAAUAAUUGUAAUGCUGGUUCAUUAAUGGGACGAACUACGCAAUCAAAUUGUUUUAAAAAACAUAAGUUUGUUAUUCCACAAAGCUAUCAACCUGUGGUUCGACUCAAUAGAAUUGUGCUGCCCGAAAAUGUCACUGAUUCUUUAGCUAUCGAGUCGAAAAAUGAUAAAUUUGAGACAGCGGAGAUUACUAAUAAUAACGUUUACAAUUUAAGGAGAUCUGGUAAAAAAAAUAAUUGCAAGAAGUGCGGCAAGAAAUUUGAGUCGCUAAAGUUUCUGAAGAUACAUAUGAAGCAUCAUGCCAAUAACAAGACGUUCAAAUGCAGAAUGUGUAAUUAUGCGACUGACUUAAAAGGGAAUUUGAGCCGGCACGUCAAGAUUCACGUCAAAGAAGAAAUAAUGACUAGAACACAAUCAAAUAAUUCAAAAAGUCGCGCGCGUUCUCAGAUGAAUAAUAAAAAUUACCAUGAAAAUGAUAAAAAUUUAACUUGCAGUGACUGUAACGAAUUAUUUAAUUGUCAAAAAUUAUUAACAGAACAUUGCGACAAUUUUCAUAAGUCACAAUUUAAAAACAAUAAGUAUUCAUGUUCGCUAUGCUCACGAACAUUUAGGUACUACGGUCGUUUUUCACGACACUUGAGAAAUUUCCAUAAUGCAGGUUCAUCGGUCCAGAGUAAAAUUAAUUAGGUUAAUAUCUUCCAUCGAUUAUAAUUUCUAUGAGGGCUGUGCGAAUAUUUUGAACUAUUGAUUUUCCGAAUUAUUCGAAACUUGGAAUUGUAAUAUUUUUUUCAAGAAUUCAAAUUUUUGUCAGGGGUAUGAAUAAAGCUGACACGAAUCUAUGAAGAAAUUAUUUUUUGUUACUUUAAACAUUACGCUUUCUGUUCAAUAACACGAUUUGAAUCAAAUAAUUUAAAAUGUUACAAAUAAUUCAGAGAUUUCGGAUAAUUCAAAAAGCUUCAAAUUUUUCAAUUUGAACCUGAUUCGCACAUCCCUAGUCAUAUAUAUUUAUUUUCUGUCAUAUUCUUGUAAUGUCGCGCCAUUUACUAGCCGACUGAUCUUUUCAGUUAUGUAUAU